GACGAUAUCAUUAUGCAAAGUUACCGGAUCUGUGUUAUAUAUUAUGUACGGUGUGCCUGUCAUCAUUCUUCACUUGUGUCUAGCGUCGAAAUGUGUUUACAGUCGGUCCCCUCAUACGAGGCUGCGAUGUUAUGAUAUUACGGGAGAGAUAAAUGACACACACCAUCAGAGAUUGUGCAGGAAUCCUUGGAGGUGACCGAAUUCAGACCUUACGGUUACUGUGAUUGGCUGAUAGGAAAGCCACAGGGAGCGUUCCAUUGGUCGGCAUACUUGUGUAGGUAGUCACAUCAAAGCUAUCAGAACCUGGGAGAUAAUCGACGUUAGUACAUAACUUAGGGUAAGUCUAAUCUUUCGUGGAAAACAACUUUCGUCCCUCCAUUCAAGCUUAGUUAUGCAUUGGUUUGUCUUCACGGCUUAAAAGAUGUACUAAACAUUUCCCUUCCUUCAUCUUCCUGUUGGAUAGAAGCUAGUGCAAUACCAAGGAAUAAUGGUGGAUUGUAGCAAGAAGCGGGUUGCUAUUAUAGCAGUAGUUGUGAUCGUUUUAGCUGCUAUUAUAACACCCAUAGCUUAUUUUGUGACAAAAGAGGACAAACGCAAGAAGGUUGAUACGCCUGCUGUCGUUCCUCCUGUAGCACAUGCGCCUCGUCGACUGGCGGACAGGAUCAACUGCAUCCCAGAGAGUGAUGGAAACGUUGUAACGAUAACACAAGACCUGUGCGAAAGUAGAUACUGCGAUUUUAUUCCUGCAACCACAGCAUGGAAUGCUGCUUGUGUGUUUCCAGCUCGGAAGGAGUACGGAUUUUCUGUUAAUGGAAGUGUACAAAUCACUAUAAUGGGAUGGAAGGUCUAUCUCAAGCAGAAAGGGAUGCAUGCAUUCAACAGCACACCAUUUCGAAGACCGUACUUUGAGGUUCAGAUGCCUGACGAAAAUCUCAUUCGAUUCAAGUUUGAUGAUGAAAACGGCAACAGAUUUCACGUCCCAUUCAAUCUAGAAAUUCCAGAUAAACAACCAAGCAAGAUGGCUUACGAACUGAAGAUUACAGACAAAGAAAACUUCGCCUUCCAAAUUACCCGGAAGUCAUCAGGAGCUGUUUUGUUCAACACGUCUAUCGGAGGCCUGACUUUAACGAACCAGUUCCUACAGCUUUCUACAACAUUGCCCUCGGAAAAUGUGUACGGAUUUGGAGAAAACAUUCACGAGUCUUUUCGUCACGAUCUCAACUAUCGCUCAUGGCCAAUGUUCUCGCGGGACCAGCCCCCUUUCCACAAGAAAAAAUCAAACCUGUACGGUGUACAUCCAUUCUACACGUGCGUGGAGGCGGACGGCAACACUCAUGGGGUUCUACUUCUCAACAGCAACGCACAAGAUUACUCGUUUACACCCCUACCAACGUUGACCUACAGGACGAUAGGGGGCAUACUAGACUUCUACAUGUUUCUUGGACCCUCCCCAGAGAAUGUUGUCCAGCAGUACACACAGGCGAUUGGGAGACCUUUUAUGCCGCCAUAUUGGUCAUUAGGAUUCCAGCUCUGUCGCUAUGGUUACAAUAGUUUAGAGAAUAUGAUAGCUGCCGUCAACAGAACACGGGAUUAUGGGAUUCCUCAUGAUGUACAAUACGCCGAUAUUGACCACAUGAAUAACUCCAAGGAUUUCACCGUCAACAACGUGGAUUUCGCCGGUUUGAAUGAUUCAUUCACUGCUCUCAGAAAUGGGGGAAUGCGGACGGUUAUCAUGUUGGACCCGUGUUUUGUCAGUAAUGUGAGCGGCUACGAACCAUAUGAUCGUCUUAGUCAGAUCAGAGGAGGAGUGAUGUGGCAUGGUGGAGUGGAGAACGAUACCAAAGACGUCACUGGAGCGAUCCUUGGUUACGUAUGGCCGAACGGAAAAGUUGUGUUUCCAGACUUUUUCAAGAAUUCAACUCGUCAGCUUUGGAAAUCUCUUGUGAAAGAACAUAGGAAACGAUUGAUCUUCGACGGCUUGUGGAUUGAUAUGAACGAACCAGCAAAUUUUGGUACGAAUCAGGAUAGGCCGUUCAACUGGAACGAAAACGUCAAGCCGCACUGGUCACUGAAAUGUCCCCGGAGUCAAUACGAUGAUCCACCAUAUCGAACAAUGGCUGCAUACGUCCACGACGGAGACGACUAUAAGGACGCUGCCGCCCGUUUGUCAAAUAAGACACUGUGUAUGGUGGCUACACAGGGUGAUACUGACGACUUACUACAUUACAAUGUUCACAGUCUGUUCGGGUGGAGGCAGUCCCCACCCACAAUCAGUGCGUUGCGGGAAGCCAGUGGUGAGCGUAGCAUGGUACUGUCGCGGAAUACAUUCCCAGGAAGUGGCAAGUAUGUGGGACAUUGGCUAGGGGACAAUGACAGCGCAUGGCCGGGUUUGGCAUCAUCCAUCAUCGGCAUGCUGGAGUUCAAUUUGUUUGGGAUUCCAUACAUUGGAGCAGACAUAUGCGGCUUCUUUGGUGACACUACGGUAGAGUUAUGUAAACGAUGGAUGCAGCUUGGAGCGUUUUACCCUUUCUCCAGGAACCACAACACAAUCGAUUCUACUGUAGAACAGGAUCCGGGCGCAUUAGGAGUGGAGGUCGCAACGGCAGCACGUGAAGCCCUAGAGACACGUUACUGGCUCCUUCCCUACUUGUACACAUUGUUCCACAACGCGCACGUACAUGGAAGCACAGUAGUCAGACCUGUACAUCACGAGUUUCCAAUGGAUGACGUAGCUCUUGGAAUUGACCGGCAAUUCUUGUGGGGGAAGUCUCUCCUCAUCUCACCUAUAUUAGAACAGGGACAGACGGAACUGACGUAUUAUGUACCGGAAGGCCGAUGGUACGACUUUUACAAGCCAGGGAUCUUUGUGGAAGGACCACAUUUGAACAAAGUAGCAGUUGACUCCAAUUCACCAAUAUCUCUUCACGUUCGUGGUGGAAGUAUUCUCCCCAUGCAGGAACCAGCACGAAACACCACAUACAGUCGACUGAAUGCGAUGAAGUUACUGGUUGCUCUAGACAGACCCGACGAGGAAGGAGGAUCAGCCACUGGUGAACUGUUCUGGGACGACGGAGCUUCCAUCGAUACAUAUGAAAACGGAAACUACACAUUGACGCAGUUCCGUGCUGAAAAUCAAACUUUGUCGAUGUACAUAUCUGAGGGACAACGAGAGUGGGCUAAUAGCCUGGUACUGGACACUGUCCAAGUCUUUGGCGUGACUACUCAUGUGCACAACAUCCUUAUACAAACCUCCAACAAAUACCACUCCAACUUUACGUACGACGCCACACAAAAGGUUCUGGAUAUAAGGAAUCUGAAGCUGCCGCUAAACACUGAUUUUAAGUUAACUUGGCAUGAUGGUACUAAUAGGAUUGACUGCUAUCCGGAACGUCUCGGAGGUCAACUUGAAGCUACCGAAGAAAGGUGUUCCAAACGUAAAUGUUUGUUCCAUCCAACGGACUCCGACGCGCCUGAUUGCUACUUUCCACCAGAUUAUGGCUAUACUGCUGGAGAUGAAAUGCAAACAGCAACAGGCUGGACAGUCAACUUAACGUGGAAGGGAAAGGCGCCAUUUCCUAAUCCUAUCAGUAAAGUUACUUUUGCUGUGGAAAUGUUAGAUAACGCCAUAUUGAGAUUUAAGCUAUAUGAUCCAUCAAACUCCCGUUACGAAGUUCCAAUGAAAAUGAAUAUCCCUACUCCCGUUAGACGCCCUGCAGAUCCUCGCUACGACAUCAUCAUGACCAGUAAAAAUCCUUUUCAUUUCCAAGUGAAAAGAAAAAGCACAGGAACAAUUUUGUGGGACACGAGCGUAGGGGGUCUGACGUUUGAGGACCAGUUUCUUCAGAUCGCAUCUCGGCUUCCCUCUAGGAACGUGUAUGGAUUCGGAGAGAAUGUGCACACGACCCUUAAGCACGACUUGGACUGGACUAUGUGGCCGAUGUUUGCUAGGGACCAACCUCCAGGAUCGGGCAAAAAUCCCCGGGAUGCAAAGAAUCUGUAUGGUGUUCACCCUUUCUACACCUGUAUGGAGGAGGACGGACAUUCGCACGGAGUCCUGCUUCUCAACAGUAACUCACAAGACUACGCCUUUACCCCCUUACCGAUGCUGAUCUACAGGACAAUUGGUGGAAUAUUGGACUUCUAUAUGUUUCUAGGACCUGAGCCCGAAAACGUCAUUCAACAAUACACAGGGGCAAUCGGUAGACCGAUGAUGCCACCGUAUUGGGCCCUUGGUUUUCAAUUGUGUCGCUAUGGUUACAACAAUAUAUCAAAUCUACAAGCGGCUGUAGAAAGGACCGUGUCUGCGAAGAUUCCAUUUGAUGUACAAUAUGGCGAUAUAGAUCAUAUGGAAGAAAGAAAGGACUUCACGAUUGACCGAGGAAACUUCAGUGGAUUGAAGGAGUAUUUCAACGAACUUCGCGAUAACGGCAUGCGGACGAUUAUCAUCCUGGAUCCUUGUCUCUUGGCUGAUAAGACAUAUGCACCAUACCAGAAAAUGAGCGAACAAGACGGACUCAUCAAAUGGCCCAUGUCUUAUACCGUACCAAAUGGCAGCUCAGACGAAAAUGGAGCACUUCUUGGCUAUGUGUGGCCCAGUGGAAAGGUGGUUUUCCCUGACUUCUUUAAAAACAGCACCCGGGACGUAUGGAUAGGUCUUAUUACAAAUCACUCAACGGAGAUUUCUUUCGAUGGUUUAUGGAUAGAUAUGAACGAACCAGCAAACUUUGGUACCAACGAGGAGCGUCCUUGGAAUUGGCCAGCCAAUACUACUGCUUGGAGUUUAAAAUGUAAAGUCGGUGACACAUAUGAGGAUCCCCCAUAUAGAUCCAUGGCGGCUUUUCAAUCUGACGACGGUAACAGACUUCAUCGAAUAUCGGAGAAGACGAUUUGUAUGGUUGCUAGGCAAGGCAAAGAUAACAGCUACCUUCAUUACGAUGUACAUAGUUUGUACGGCUGGAGUCAAUCUAAGCCAACACUAGACGGUCUCCAGAUGGCACAAAGCGGCAAGCGGGGUCUUGUUAUUUCUAGGUCGACCUUUCCAGGCAGUGGACAGUAUGCGGGACACUGGCUAGGCGAUAACUCGGCAGAUUGGGAUCAUUUGAGAUUAUCCAUAAUCGGUAUCCUAGAGUUUAAUUUGUUUGGCAUACCAUAUAUUGGUGCAGACAUAUGUGGCUUCUUUGGGGAACCUUCUGCUGAGCUUUGCAAGAGAUGGAUGCAACUAGGUGCUUUCUAUACUUUCAGCCGAAACCACAAUACUUUAGGACAGCCAGAUCAAGAUCCUGCUGUAUUUAGCGAAAGCGUCACUAAAGCCUCUCGCGAAGCAAUGGAGACAAGAUAUUGGCUUCUUCCGUACCUUUAUACGCUUUUUCACCAUACGCAUAUACGGGGAAACACAGUUAUCCGACCCCUCCAUCACGAGUUUCCAACAGACAGUGCAACCUACGGUAUAGACAGGCAGUUUCUAUGGGGACCUGCCCUGUUAAUAUCGCCUAUUUUAGAGGAAGGACUGACGGAAGUCAGAGUCUAUUUACCACAUGGGACGUGGUACGACUUCUACACGGGAGCAACAUUUGAAGGAAAACAACACAUUACUGUUGAGGUUAAUCAAGACUCGAAGAUUCCACUGCAUACUCGAGGAGGGUAUGUGAUUCCAAUGCAGGCUCCUGCCAAUACUACAGUAUACAGUAGAAAAAACGCGUUCUCAAUUACAGUUGCAUUAGCCUCUGAUGGUAAACGAACCUCGGCUGAAGGAGACAUCUAUUUUGACGACGGCGAAUCAAUUGAUUCAUACGAAAGCGGAAACUAUGGUACCGCCAAAUUCAUUGCUUCGGAGAGGGGAUUGAAAAUGCGGGUCGGACACACUUACUCAUCGACAGAGGAGGCUUUCAUUAUUGGAGAAAUCUGUGUACUUGGUAUCAGAGAAAACAUCACUAUGGUGUAUAUCAACAGCAGCUUACAACAUCUAGAUAUUCAUCACUACAAGACAAACAAUACUCUCGUCAUUUCAAACCUAUCUCUCAGCUUGACUGAGGAGUUUUAUAUCGAAUGGCUUACUGAACGUAAACUAGAAAGAGAUGAAUUGGAAAGAAUCAACUGUUACCCAGACAUGGAUGACACAUUUUCUACUAAAAAUAAGGAAGAGUGUCGCCUCCGAGGCUGCAUCUGGCAAGAUGCCUCCCACAAGAACAUUCCACCCUGUCACAUCAACAAGACCCAACAUGGAUACUUCCAAAGCAAACUGGAAGUUUUAAGUAACUAUUUUGAUGGCAUAGUACUGGAAUGGAAAAACCAGACGCAGUUUUUCGGAGGCAAUAUACCUUAUGUAGAACUUCAGGUGCAUAACAUAUCUGAAAACAUUCUGAGAUUGAAGUACAUGGAUUUAGCAUAUCGUAGGUAUGAAGUUCCCGUUCAGCUAAAUACUACAAUAUCAAGACAAAAACAAGACAACGAUUACCGGGUGGAGUUCAGUGAGAACAGUCACGGAUCAUUUUUCGUAAGAGUGAUACGACAGAGCACUAACACGACGAUUUGGGAUACAUCUCUAGGAGGAUUUACUUUCGCCGAACAGUUUUUGCAGAUGGUUGUUAAGUUACCAUCAAAAAACAUGUAUGGGUUUGGUGAAAACAGACAUUUUUCGUUCCAACAUGACUUCGAAUUUAAACGUUGGCCUAUGUUUUCCCGUGACAAUGGCGUGAAUUGGGGAGACUUUGCAAAUCUCUACGGCGUACAUCCAUUUUACUUAAAUAUUGAAGAUUUCAGUGGAAAUUCUCAUGGUGUAUUGCUUCUAAACAGUAAUGCAAUGGAAAUAGAGCUAAACCCUUUGCCGUCUUUAACCUACAGAACAAUAGGAGGUAUUCUAGACUUUUAUAUAUUUCUAGGACCGACACCCGAGCAGGUUAUUCAGCAGUACACUAGUGUCAUUGGGCAUCCGUAUUUACCACCCUACUGGUCUCUUGGGUUUCAACUUUGUCGAUAUGGGUACAAUAGUCUCCAGGCCAUGAAAGAGGCCGUCGACAGAACGAAAUCAGCCGAUAUUCCACAAGAUGUUCAAUAUGCUGACAUAGACCACAUGGACGAGAGGAGAGACUUCACAGUAGACGAUGUUAAUUUUGGUGGCCUUCAAAAAUAUUUCAAGGAGUUACAAAACGAAGGCAUGCAUACCAUUAUCAUACUUGAUCCAGCACUGAUCACAAAUGUAACAGAUUAUCUCCCUUACAACGAAGGAGUCAAGAAAGACAUAUUCAUUAAGUGGCCCAAUGUAGAUUCGAGUCCAGAUUACCAGGAAUUCAAUCGGACGGACAUGCUUGGAUAUGUGUGGCCUCAAGGUAAAGUUGUGUUCCCGGACUUCCUGAACCCUGCUACAAGGGAUUAUUGGCGAGAUUUAAUUGUGAACCACCAUAAAAACCUAUCCUUCGACGGUUUGUGGAUAGACAUGAACGAACCGGCAAACUUUGGCACAAACGAGGAGCAUCCAUGGAAUUGGGACGAGAACAGUAAACCCUACUGGUCAUUGAAUUGUCCAACUUCCCGAUGGGAUGAUCCUCCAUAUAAACCGAAAGCAAUAUUCGGAUCUCGGCUGUCGGAUAAAACAUUGUGUAUGGUGGCAGUGCAGAACGAAGCAAGACACAUGCACUACGACGUUCACAGUUUGUAUGGCUGGAGUCAGACAGAACCCACCCUCCACGCCCUCAGGGAGGCCACCAGUGAGCGCGGAAUUGUCAUCUCGCGAUCCACGUAUCCGUCCAGUGGGCGUUAUGCUGGACAUUGGCUCGGCGACAAUGACAGCGCAUGGUCAGAUCUUCAUGACUCUGUAAUAGGCCUACUGGAGUUUAACCUCUUUGGUAUCCCAUACAUUGGAGCGGAUAUCUGUGGGUUUUUCAAAAAUUCUACAUCGGAGCUAUGUGAACGCUGGAUGCAACUUGGUGCAUUCUAUACCUUCUCAAGGAAUCACAACACUAUUAACACUGCACCGCAAGACCCGGCCUAUUUCGGUCCGGCUGUGGCAUCCUCGUCCCGAAAAGCGCUUAUAGUGCGUUACACGUUGUUGCCAUACCUUUACACGUUGUUUUACCACGUCCACGUACACGGGGGUACCGUCAUCAAGUCUCUAACACACAAUUUCCCGAAUGAUCAAACCACUUGGUCCGUCGACACACAGUUUAUGUGGGGAAAGGCAUUCAUGAUCGCUCCAGUUUUGCAACAAGGCAAGACGCAAGUCGACGUUUAUUUUCCCGUUGGUCGUUGGUUCGACUACUAUACAGGUCAGGAGGUGAAGAGUUCCUCUUCGUUCGAGGUUGUAUCAGCACCUCGUGACGUCAUUCCAUUGUUUGUGUAUGGAGGACAUAUACUGCCUACACAGCUUGCUGCAAACACUACAGUGUAUAGUAGGCGUAAUCCAAUGGGUUUGUUUGUAGUGUUAAAUGAAAAUGAAACGGCAAAAGGAGAUCUAUUUUGGGAUGACGGUAAAUCUAUUGACACUGUUGAAAAUCACGAAUACUUCCUCUUGUCUUUUUCGUUCAAAUCAAAUAAUCUUUCCAUGACAGUUGAUCAAAAACCAUUAAAUACCGAUGACUUUGCCAAUAAUCUGAUCAUCAAGAAUGUAACAAUUUACGGCAAAACCGUUUGGAAUUCCGUAAAAGUGAACAAUGCAUCGCAUGAUGAUUUUAUUAGUGAUACCCGUCUAAAUGUAUUCCGUGUCACAAACCUGAAUCUAGCAAUUAAGAAUGACUUUUUAAUUUCAUUUCUGUGAGAAAUUUGAAAGCAAACUAUUGCAUAGUUUUUGUAUCAUAGCAAAUACGAAUGUGUGAACGUCAUGUAUAGUUACAAUAAACAACUGUUCGAAGAACAUUAACAAUGUAUGAAACUGUUAAAUAAGUGAUAUUAAUUAAUGCUAAACGAGUAUAAUUGAUAUAAACAAUGGAUAGCACUUGUGAAUGAAUGAUGUACCAGAACGAUACACAACACUUAUCUAUAAUUUACGAACAUUAGCGAUACUUGUGGAUAAUUGAUUAAUAUACAAUAGUAAACAUGUGUUUAUUAGGUGUAUAUUAUGACGGUAUACAACUCUUCUUUACAUUUGAUGUAAAUGACUGUAUACUAAACUUGUUUAUAAUUGAUGUAAAUGACUGAACCCAACACUUUUAUAAUUGAUGUAAAUGACAGCAUACACUUCUAGUUCAUAAUUUAUGUAAAUGAUGGUAAGCAAGUCGGAACACAACAUUUGUCUAUCAUUGACGUAAAUAACAGUACACAGCAGUUGUGUUUACUUGACGUAACUGACGGUACAUAACACUUAUUUAGGACUUACACAACUAAAUCAGCCAACCAGUAAGUGUUUCGCACGACUGUGAUCCCUUGCUAAAACAAGUUCCGGUUAGAUACAGUGCCUCUGAGAAACUUAAAUGUGUAAUUGUUGACAUUCUUUUUUAUUUAAUGAAAUAUACAGAUAUUUAACUUUGGGAAAAUGUAUAGUUUAGCAGAUUUUGAUAUAAGUCAGGGGGUGUUCCCGUCCCGCUUCAUCGGUUUGGCUUGUAGCACUCUUAUAUGACAAUUAAUCUGCCAAAAAUGAUGCCAUUGUCAGGUAUGUAGCUAUGAAUAUAGACAGUUGUCACUAGUGUUAAACUUCAAAUAUUAAAGCUAUUAGCUCAAAAGCCAAGUAUUAUUAUAUAGUAAAUGAUUUAGUUGUGUGAAUCCAUUACAAUCUGUAUCUAUUUCAUAUAAAUGAUGGUACACAA